UGAGUAAUAAGAGUGAAUUAAUUAUAGUGGACCAACUCGAGAAAGGAGAUAAACGUUCAUUGUAUUCAAUUAAUGUCCACCAGGAUUUUUGUCUCAAUACCACGUUUCCUAUGGUGUUGUUCGUUGGGGAGGAUAGGAUUUAUAUAUACAACCAGAUGUGGGUACAGAUCCUUCAAGGAGGUCAUCCUUGCAUAGGGACUUCGGCGACCUUAACAUUUCCUGAAGCACGCGAUGUUAUAGUACCGAUGUUUGAUGC